ACCAGUGCCAGACAAAUAGCACAGAGCACCAGAAAAAUGCAAACCAGGAGAGCAGCUCCUCCUAUCUACAUUGUUUCUGCCUGCUUAAAACUGCUUUGAAUGUGGAACCAAUGUCAGAGACUAGUUUGCAUCUGAACUCUGUCUUGGCAAGAGAAUGCUGGGGAGAAAAUGAUGGACUUUUUAGCUCUCUCUUUGUUUGGCAACCAGCACUUCCACUUUCAGAGAGGGAGAAACAAUGAGUUUUAAUGGUCCAGAAUGAGAGUAACUUCAGCUAAGUAAACCGAUAGCAAAGCGAUACUGCCAGUUAGAAAUAUUAGUAGUUUGUGCUCCAUCUAAUUUGACUGUGGGGAAACCCUUUAGCACGAAGCUUGAAUUUUAAUACCACAUCCAAGAAUCUGCAAGGGAGUAAAUCUUAAUUCAUUUUGGUGCUUAGAACAAGUGAACAAUUGGAGAGGAGACUCACAAGGAACAUCCCAUGGGAGAAAAACGCUUGAAAUGCCCCAAUCUUGGGGAAAGCUUUCUGGGCAGCUCAGCUCCCUUUGAACGUCAGGAAGUACAUGCAACAGACAAGCUGUAUAAAUGCCUGGAGUGUGGGAAAUGUUUCACUCAUAGCAAGAACUUCAGCACUCACCAGAGAAUCCACACUGGAGAAAAACCGUACAAGUGUCCCGAAUGCGGGAAAAGGUACGGUGCCAGCUCAACCCUUAGUAGGCAUCGAAAAAUCCACAUGGAAGAAAAGCCUUAUACGUGCCCGGACUGUGAGAAGAGUUUCAGUUACAAAGCAGAUCUCAUUAAACACCACCGAGUUCACACAGGGGAAAAACCUUAUGUAUGUGGCGAGUGCGGGAAAAGUUUCAGUCAAAGCUCAAACUUCGUUACACAUCAGAGAAGCCACACGGGAGAGAAACCUUAUGAAUGCCCUGACUGUGGGAAAAGCUUCACUGUGAGUUCAAGCCUGAUUGAACACCAGCGAGUCCACACAGCUGAGAAGCCCUUCCUGUGCAUGGAAUGCGGGAAGAGCUUCAAUCGGAACUCGCACCUCAAUGUGCACCAGCGGAUUCACACAGGAGAGAGGCCCUUUCAAUGUCCUGAUUGUGGGAAAGGCUUUACAAUACUUUCCACCCUUAGUAAACAUCAAAGAAUCCACACCGGAGAAAAACCUUAUAAAUGCCCCAAAUGUGAGCGAAGCUUUAGGGUGAGCUCAAUACUUACGCAGCAUAUUAGAAUCCACACAGGAGAGAAGCCGUACAUUUGCCCCGAUUGCGGGAGAAGCUUCAGUCAAAAAUCACCUCUCAUUGCUCACCAGAAACUUCAUGCUCGUCAGAAAACCCUGUAGGUAAUUGGUUUGAGACACAAUAGUGUAAUUAAGUCAUUGAAUAGUAAUUCAUCAUAGUUUGGUACAUGGGAAUAGGAAAAUCAGCAGGGAUAGAAGAUGAGAUUUUUUUUGCUGUCCUUAUGGAAUCAUAGAAUCAUAGAAUAGCAGAGUUGGAAGGGGCCUUCAAGGCCAUGUAGAAGUUUGUUUGCUUUUUUUAAAAAAAAAAAUACAUUCUUCUCUUUUUUUCUUAUAUCCUUAAAACCUACUUCCUUUGGAUAAGAGGCUUCAGGAAAGAAUCUUUAAAAUGAAAUUGCUUUUGCUGAGCCCUCCAGAUGCGGAGGUUAUAAAUUGAAAUACAUCUAUGUGGUACAGGUUUGUCAUGAGGAUACUGGGAACUAGGACUUGCAAAAUGCUUUGUACAUAGAAAAAUGCUGUAGAACUGAUAAUCAAUAAAAUACUGUU